AUGGAGGAGGUGCGCAGGUUUUUUCUUACGUUGGAUCUGAGGGAAGUGCCUUCGGUGGGACUCCUCGAUGCAAGGCAUAUUUUCAUUAAACUGUCCAAUGAAAUGGACUUUCACAGAAUCUGGUCCAGAAGCAUCUGGUAUGUUAAUGGAUUUGUGAUGCGGAUAUUUAAGUGGUCGACAUCCUUCCAUGUGGAUAAGGAGCCGUCGGUCGCUCCUGUUUGGUUCCAGCUGCCCAAGUUGCCAGUACAUUAUUUCAACAAGGAGGGGCAUGGGGUAGAGGGUUGCCAUGUACUCCAGCUUGAACUUCGGGUGAAAAAGCCUGUGAUUGAGAAGAGGGAGAUAGAGCAGGAUCCAUGUUCGGCUGUGAUAGAGGCUCUUGAUGUUAAUGAGCGGUCAGCUCGGCUGGACGGGGAUGGUGGAUUACAUACAGAGUGCGACAGCAAGAAUUCAAAGGAAAAGAUGGAGGGGUCAGCUCAGCUCGUUUCAUCAGAGGAUGAAGUAGUUGCAGAAGGUUUAGGAAUGGGUUCGACUGAUCACCCACAUAGAACAUGCGAACUCAAAACCAUGCAUGGAUCGCCGGGAGGUGAGGCGUCAUUUUCAAUCAACUUGCAGGUGGAUUCGGUGGACGAGGGGAUGGAAUACGGUGAACUUAAAUUGUUGACAGCAGACCAGAAGGAUGUGGGCAGCGAUGAAAGUGACGAUGGGGCUGAGGAUGAUUUACCUAUGAGAGCAGGAAACCUGUCACCAAGGCUGGUAACCAUACGUGAGCGGGAUCCGGUUUCCACAAUGGAGGAAUUAAACAUUGAGUCUCUUCAUGGACAGGAUAAGCGUCGAAGGAAGGGAAGGGACUACGUGCUCAAUCGGAUAGGCAACUCCGAUCAUCCACUUUUCUCAAUAACUCUUUCCAGGUAUUACGCAAUGAUUAAUACGCUAUUAUGGAAUAUCAGAGGAGUGUCUAAACUCUCAAAUUUUCGGAGAUUAAAAAACAUUAUUAGCGAGAAUGGUAUUCAGUUUGUAGCCAUUUCUGAGCCAAAACUAGAUGCUUCUGAAAAACACGGUAGACGGCCAUUCACGGUGGCGGAGGGGCUUGAAUUUUUGGCGUUCAUGGAAGAGGCAGAGGUAUUUGAUGCUGGUUUUUCCGGGUCGAGGUUUACUUGGUGCAACAAUCGGAGGGGGAGAGCCAGGAUUUGGAAGAGAAUUGACAGAUUGCUCAUAAAUAGGGAGUCUGCAGAUUUGGCCUCGAAGAUCUCAGUAACUCACUUGGCACGGCAUCCAUCUGAACAUGCUCCAUUGAAAGUUUCUUUUGUUUCAAGGUUGGACAACGGGCCUAGACCUUUUCUGAUUUCUGAAUGUAUGGACUUCCAGACCAGAGUUAUUAGACGUCAUCAGGCAACUAGAAGGGCGAUUCAACAAUGGAACAAGCAGAAAUUUGGCAAUGUUGGCACUGCUAUUAAGGAGGCGGAGAACAAGCUUGGAAGGGCAGAGGACAACGCGGCCACAUCUCAGGGGGAGGAGGUUACUAAAGAGCUUCAGAGGGCACAGGCAGAAAUCAACAGAGCAGUAGCAGUGGAAGAACAAUUCUGGAGACAGAAAGCACGGGUUAAAUGGCUUACUUGUGGGGAUAGAAAUACAAGGUUUUUUCAUGCUGUGGUCAGACAAAGGCGGGUGCAAGGGGCGAUACAUAGGGUGAAGGAUCCGACUAGGAUGUGGGUGGUAAAGGAUGAAGACAUAGCAAAAGCAGCGAUAGAGUAUUUCUCCAACCUCUUCUCGGGGUCAGUGGUUCCCAUGGCAGGGGACUUCAUGCAUCUGAUCCCUAAAGUGGUAACAGGUGAGGAAAAUGAUCGACUGGCAGCGACUCUGGACAUUGAGGAGAUCCGUCAACUGGUUUUCUCCAUGGAUGGGGAUAGUGCUGCUAGGCCGGACGGUUUUACAGGCAAGUUCUUUUCUUUUGCUUGGGAUGUCGUUGCUCAAGACGUGUACAUAGCGAUAGUGAGUUUCUUCUGCAGUACUGAGUUGCCGAGGUUCAUCACGUCCACUUCUAUUGUGUUACUGCCUAAGGUGUCGAAUCCUGAAGACUUCUCUAACUUCAGACCGAUCAGCCUUUGCAAUUUCUUCAAUAAGAUGUUAUCUAGGAUUUUGGUGGGGCGCCUGGCCUUGGUGAUACCGAGAUUGAUUUCCCCCCAACAGACAGGGUUCGUCAAAGGCCGAAGCAUUACUGACAAUUAUUUGUUGGCUCAGGAGUUGAUGGCAUCUAUAAAAAGGAAGGCAAGAGGAGCGAAUGUGGCUCUAAAACUAGACAUGACUAAGGCUUAUGAUCGGAUGUCGUGGUGCCAUAUUAUCACCAUGUUGAGAGCUUUUGGGUUUUCUGAGCAAGUUAUUGAUAUGGUUUGGAGGCUUAUUUCAAAUGUUUGGUUCUCUAUUAUCAUCAAUGGGUCUACCCACGGGUUUUUCAAAUCUAGAUUCAGGGUUCCAGCAGGUUGCCCGGAAGUCACACACCUCGCCUUUGCAGAUGAUGUACUAAUCUUUACUAAUGGAACUGCGGUGGCGUUAAAACGAGUGAUACGAGUGCUCGAUGAAUACCAACAAUCCUCUGGCCAAUUGGUCAACCCUCAGAAGAGUGGGUAUUUGGCUCAUCCGCCUCUUCCACUGGCACGGAGAAGGGUCAUUGAGUGGAUCACGCAAUUUAAGAGGCAAGAAUUUCCAAUUCGUUACCUGGGGUUCCCUCUGUAUACAGGUAGAGGCAAGGUAACAUACUUUGCAGAGGUCUGUCAGGCAGUGUUGGCCAGAGUUAUGUCGUGGAAGUCUAGGUUGCUGUCAAUGGGGGAGGGGGAUGUUGGUUUUCGGAAGCUCCGAGACGUAUACUCGUCAUUCUCUUGCAAGUUGUGGUGGAAUUUUCGGAAGGCCUCCUCACUUUGGGCAAAAUUUAUGCGAGCUAAGUAUAGUAAGAGAAGUCACCCAUGUCAGGUGGAGUUGAAACAACACAACUCGAUGACGUGGAGACGAAUGUUGAACAUCAGUUGGCAGACGGAGUUGUCCAUGAUAUGGCUGGUGAAUGGGGGAUCAUGCAACUUUUGGUACGACAACUGGUUGGGGAGUGGAGCAAUAAGUCUCAAAGCUACGGUGAUACCGGAUCUCUCCUUCCAGGAUUUCAUCUCUAAUGGGGCCUGGGACGUUCACCGCCUUACUCGUGCCUUGCCGCACGACCUCAUCGACCUAAUUCUCCAACAACCGAUUCCGGAGGGAGACGACCAAGACGAGUUGGUAUGGUGCCAUAUGCCAUUAGGUAGGUUCACCUUGGCAUCUGCCUUUCAGGAGGUCCGUCCAGCGCGAAAUUACUCUCUCAUGCACUCUCAGGUAUGGCAUCACCGAAUACCUCUAAAGAUUUCUUUCUUCAUGGCACGUUUUCUUUUCGGGAAAAUUGCCUGUAACAGGAGUUUUGGGGAGGGUGGGGGUACAGUUGGCUUCAAAGUCGAGGAUCAACGAUGCGGGCUUGGCUUGCGUGCGACUUGGUGGCUUUCGCCACCGAGGUCGGAGAAAGGUCGGUUUCUGUUCGUCGUUCUUCCCAAUUUCAUUUGCUGGCACAUUUGGAAGGCGUGGAAUAAGGCAUAUUUUGAAGGGAUUCAGUUAUGCCAGGCGAGGGUUUGCCAAGACAUCCUGCAGGACUUGGAAGGGUUGGCUGAGGGCCAGUAUAACCAGCGACUUGGGAUGCACACAAUAUUUCAGUUUUUUGAGGGGAUCACUAUCCCGCCUCUGAGAUAUAGGGCUCAGGUGGUGGGGUGGCGGCUGCCUGGGGAGGGAAUCCUAGUCUUGAACAUAGAUGGAUGUUCCAAGAGUAAUCCUGGAGCUAGUGGUGGUGGGGGAGUACUCCAUGAUUCAUCCGGGUUACCGCUAUUCACUUUCUCGGCCUCAUUCGAGGAAACUAUGAGUUUAAGGGCAGAGGUACUGGCUUUGGCAACGGGCCUCCUUUUGUGUACACACAAGGGGUUUACCAGUGUUUCCAUACAGGUAGAUUCAUUGGUCCUGAUAGGGAUUUUGCAGCGAAAGUUCCAGUAUCCAUGGCGGGUUCGAAAAGAAGUCCAGAAGAUCAGGGCCAUGGUCCCAGACACGACACAGAUUACGCAUUGUUACAGAGAGGCAAACAGGGUGGCGGAUAGUUUGGCUAAUGUGGGCGUUGCUGGAUCGUACUGGAGCAUCAUCAUCUAUGAUCAUUUUAAUGACAUAUCACGCUUGGCGCGCGGGAAAAUCCGCUUGGAUAGGAUAGGCGUACCUUCAAUCAGGAGAAGAAAAGUAGGCUAG